UAACACAGAAAACACCCAUAAUUUCAUUUUUGAUGUACAGAGGAAGUAGGGUUGGGCGGUUCACGGGCCGGGGAAUAUGAGACAAUACAACAGCAGCUCCUCUCUAUCCGCUUAUUGGCUUAUUGCGUAGUUCGUACUCCGUAGGUUAUUUGUUAUGUCAAUCGCCAUUUUUGCCGUGUAAACUGUGUUUAAGUUGUACGUACAAUAUUGUCCUAUUGAGUAUGUACAUUUUAUGCGUUUAGAUUUUACCUUAACCGUAGUUUUCUUGUACUUAAUUUGCCCGCAAAUAAAAUAUAAUCAUUCAAAGGAUGUUUGCCCCAAUAAUUAGCUGUUUGAGUAAAACAGCGACUGCACACAGUUUGUUUGUUUCUGUAAAGAAUCAAAAUGUCUGCCGCUUACACGUUGCACGGCCGUUGUUAAAAAAUCGAGACCGUCGAAGUUUUUUAUCUUCCGUACCGCCUGUGGACGAGGGUACUGAAGGAGAGAAAUUCGUUUCUAUCGAUUCGGCUAUUACCAAGAAAGAAGACAUGUUUCCUGAUGAAAACACGCCAAACAUGUUAUUUGGAGGGGUCAGAUUUUCAGAAGUACCUAUUUGUCAUAUUAAAUCGUCCAAGAACAAUACAAUACUUCAUUUAACAAAAAGUGAUGGAGAGAGAAUUCUAAUCAGAUCCUGUGGUAUGGAAGGAUUCAAAAAUACAAGAAAAGGCACUAACAUAGCAGCACAGGCCACAGCUAUUGGUCUUGCAAUGAGAGCGUUGGAAAUAGGAAUUCGGACACUUCGUGUGACAGUUCAAGGUUUAGGCCCUGGGAGAUUGUCUUCCAUAAAAGGCCUUACAAUGGGAGGUCUUAAUGUUAUAUCUGUGACAGAUGAUACUCCUGUUUCUUGGAACCCAUUAAGAUCACGAAAACGACGAAAGUUGUAAUUAUGUUGUAAGUAAGACUGCAAUUUACUAGUUUAUUAAUAUAAUUUUUGGAAUUUGUGAUAAUAGAGUGUAAACAAAUGUUAACAUUUAAUAAAUAUUGUAAUUUUUUUUAAAAA